AUGAAUGUAUCUAACACGAGUACGUACGCAUUGACAUUAUCAACAAUUAUUGGAAUAGUUCCAUUGUACAUCAAUUUCGUUACGAUCAUCGCUGGUACCAUCGGUGGAGUUUGUAAUUUAAUAACGUUUACCGCUCCUCGGUUACGUACGAACUCGUCGGUGUAUUACUUAUCAUGUGCAACAGUUUUUGAAAUCCUCUCAAUCUUAUUUAUUGUUCCGACACGGAUCGCUUUAGAUAAUUUCGGAAAUAAUCUAGAACGUCAAUCGGUGGUAUUCUGUAAGAUUCGUUAUUAUAUAUCGAUUACAUUUCCAAUGCUAGUUACGUAUUAUAUUCUAUUCGCGAUAGUUGAUCGAAGUCUAGCUACGUCGAGGCACGUGGAGAUACGUGCAAUGAGUCGAUUGACAUUCGCACAUCGAAUAUCUUGGAUCAUUUUUCUGAUCGGAACAACUGCGUCUGUACAUGUUUUGAUAUUUUUUAAUACGAUUAACAACACUUGUCAAGUUCCACCUGGCAAUGCGUAUACGAUCGUUUUCGCCAUUUAUUUGAUCAUUAUCAUAUCCAUUUUACCUCAUUCGUUGAUGUUCAUUUUUGCUUUGAUUACUUUCCGAAAUUUCAAACGAACGAGGCAACGAACAAUGCCAAUCUUAGCUUCAAUAGAUAACUCGCGAACAAAACGUUCGGAAAGUCAAUUAAUCAUGGUGAUUAUCGCACAAAUUCUUAUCAGUUCUAUACUUGUUUUGUUACGUUUGGGCUCCUAUACCUAUUCGACAUUGACCAGUGGAAAUCAGAAUAAAACAGUUGACCAACGAGCGGUGGAAGAUUUUUGUAUUCGACUUGGCUUUGCAUUGUAUUAUUUUAGUUUCGCGACCUCGUUUUAUUUAUCAACUUUACCAAGGAAAUUUUUUCGCGAGAUUUUUAUUAAACGAAAAAACUCUCUUCGUCACUUAUCAGGCGACAGGACGAUUAACAUGGACGACAAGGAGAACAACGACGCUGCAACUAAAAAUGAUCAGUCAGGAGAAAAACUUGCAGAAUACGAAAAACGCGACUUGGUGGAACGAUUGCAUUUGGCCAGCAAGCUCGAGCACUGCUUAUUGAAUGCUUAUAUCUACACAGCUUGCACGAUUAAAAGUACUCCAGAAGAAUUCGUCGAUGCUGAUCAAGAAAAUAAGCGUUAUGCUAUUCAAUUCGAACGAGCACGUGAAUGGAAAAAAAGUAUUUUUAUGGUCGCACACGAAGAAAUGCUUCAUCUUCAUUACGUUCAAUGUCUGCUGCGAGCACUAGGUGAAAAACCGUACUUUCAGUUACCGGACAAAAAACCUGGUACAAACGAUUGGUUCAUUCCAAAUUGGGAUAUAAAAAAUGGAAAGCUAUCAAUGAAUAACGGUGAUGGUACAAUAGUUCCUAUUGAACCAUGUACAUUUGAAAAUGUUCAACGAUUCGUUCUUUAUGAAUCAAGUGAUUCUCUUCAGGAUAUGGGUGCUCUAAGCGAAAAAGCUAAAGAACUAUAUGGGAAAUUAUUCGAUUUUGAAAUUCGUUUGCGCAUCGAACAAAUGUUAAUUCAUAUUAAAGACAAGGAUGUCCAGGAUGAUCUGGCCAAAAAGUUAUACAAUGUCUACACGCAGCUUCCGGUAUCGGACAAGCCACAAGCACCAUUUAUUCCAAUGUCGUUUAUUGCACCAAUUAGACCCGAAAGCUUUCAAUUUCAAUCUAUCGGAGAUUUAUAUCACAACGAAAUACAGCCAUUAUACGAUAUGGCAUUUGAUAAACAAUGGACUCGACAAACUAAUUUUGAUCUUGUGGCUGAACAAAAAGAUCCGAAUGUUGCUGCUGAAGGGUUUUUACCAUUGACGCCUAAUUAUCGAUACAAGAAUUUUCCGGACAUGAGCAAAGGUGGAAUGAAAAGUCAUUGUAACAAAAAGAAGUCGGCACAUUGUGAAUAUGAUAUACCGGGAUGGUUUAAAAACAAGGAAGAUGUGCACAGAAUUAUUAACGAAAUAGUCGACGAAGGUGAAGGAUUCGACCAAUUUUAUGAAAGAGCAGAACAACUGCUGAAUUACGUCGCAAAAAUAGGUGGUGCUCGUGCAUAUUUACAACAAAUAAUUCUGGAUCAAGAUAAAACAAAUCCAUCAAAAACACCAGAAGAAGUGAAGGAUGGCCAACGAGUCAGAGAAUCGCAUUUAUACCGUUUUGCUAUGAUCAUGACGGCUUUCCAACAAGAAAAAGAUUUUGCCGCGCGUGCCGGUAUGUCGUAUGAAGUUAAUCGAACGCCAAUAAAUAUCGACGGAAACACCCAACUGGAUAAUCUUUGUCAGGAAUUGCCGGGUUAUUUCAAUGCUUGCUUCCUUCCGAUGAUAAUGUGGCUUUCAAGAAUGUACGAAAUAAAGGACUGGACAGCUGAUAAACCACGACGACAGGCUAUUGAAAUGCUUGCCGCAUGGCCAAUCAUGUCACUUGGUAUACGUCCGUUUUUGGAAUUAGCUUCAUUCUUCAAAAUCGAACAAUCGAAAUUAUUUUCACUUGCCGAUGUCGAUUUACCUUCUUCGUUGACAGAUGCUUUGGAGCUACUGAAGCUGUACAAUAAUGACGACCGAUCAGAAGAAAUCUAUACACAAAUGGAUGAUUUGGCAUUAAACAUAUUGGAAGCUGUAGGCGCAUGGGCAGAAAAUAGCCGUGAAUUGGUAAAAAGUCUACAAAUUCCUGAACAUACAAAAACAAUGAUCCUUACUCGUCUAACUGGUCUUAUUGUCCUUAAAGAAUUUAAACUACAAUUCGAAUUUCGAAUGCAUGGUGGCUAUUCAAACAAAUCGCCUGAUGCCAACUAUGAACUACGUCAUUGCGAUAGUCAUACCUACGAAGAAGAUCCAAACUUAGGAGAUGACAGAUGGGGACAGGUACAAUUGGCUACGGAUCCAGAUCCUCCUACUGACGAAAGUGGCUGUUCCGGUACACAUAUGCUACAUGCAACAGAUGGAAAGAGUGUCUUCAAUCGUGCUCUUGUAUGGCAGAAACAUAAUAUUUCUAAUGAAAUUAUUCGCGAACCGGCCAAAGAUUUACCUACAAUUGGUGUUAACUGUAUCGAUGUUUCUCUGAUGGCUUCUGAUACAAAUACAACUGUAGGCUACGUACCUCUAUCAGAAAUGCAAUCGUUGGGUGCCGUACAAGCCAGUGGCACACAGUUCGACCUUGACAUCAGUGGUGUGCAUGAACUUUUGCGUUGUACACCAAAAGAUAUUUUACAACAGCCCGACAAACAGAUACGCAUCGAUUUACUGGAUAAAGACGGAAAGAAACCAUUGUUGCUGGGAGAGAACCAUUUAGUUUGGAAGGAUGGCGAACCGAUUGAUCCGUUUAUUCUAUCUGUUGGAUGUGAUACAGCUGAUCAAACCACAACGGUAGAAUUUGAACGAGAAGUCUUCAAUGAUACAAAUGUAUCAAUGAUUCGAAUGACACCAUUAGAACGUUUAUUUAGUCAACGAGGACCAGUCGGCUUUGAUUCCACAGCAAAUAUACCAACAUGGGCCAAAUGCAAUUUUUUGAAAGAUCCAGAAAAAUCAAUGGUGGCAGACGAUUAUUUAAAAGAUCGAGCAAAACAUCUGUGCGAUGCAAUGAAAGUCAAGCUCGACAAAACAUUAGAUCAACUGACUGUUAAAGAUGCAACCGAAAUUAUUUCAUAUGCAGAACGUAUGAAUUUAGUCUCUUUUCCGCGUCACACCACAAGAGCAUGGCUCAACGCAACUCUUCAUUAUGGUCAUACAAUCAGUGGAACCUUAAAACUUGGUGGAAAUAGUUUAAUAUUGAAAGCGAUCCAAGAGAAAACUGGUCUGUCUUGUUCUCUUGUCGACGAUCCAAAUCGAAAGACAAGUAAUUCUCGUUGGCUCGCCAAAUACACUUUAGGUGCUAUGGAUACGGACGCUUUGUCUAAUUUUAUUUUUGGUGAACUCUAUAUGCCACUAAAAAUUACCAAAUCAGACAAGGAAAUCGAAUUCGUCAAAACAUGGGUCUAUACUAAUAGUUUAUUUCAAACAAUUGCUGAAUUUGCUUGCCGUUUCGAUAAACCUUUCUGGAACAGUGACUAUCAAAUAGUUGGCAACCAAACGCGUACGUUNUUAUAG